UUCCCUUAGCAGACCUCAGCAAAGCGACUGUCUGGCUGCGCUCCUUCCACAUCUGCACGCCCCUUUCAUCCAGAACUUUUUUCUCUCUUGACACCGUAAUGGAAAACUCGACCUCCCUGAAGCAAGAUAAAGGAAACCAACAAACCGGGGAAGAAGGGCGGCCAUGGGAAGAAAUGACAGUAGCUUCUUCCCAAGAUCCUGAGCCUACUUCAUCUAAGACCUCGGAGUCCGAGUCAGCGCUGGAAUCUGGACCCCAGUCCAGAAGUAGCCCUCCUUGGAGCCGUCCAUCCAGAGGCAGCACACCUCCGGAUGAAGGCACAGGACCAGGUGCAUCACCUCGACCUCCUCUUCCUCAGGAACCCUCUUCUACUCCUCCUCCCCCGGCUCUGGCCAGACAGGUCCUUGAGGCACCAUGGCAGUCAGACAGGACCGCUAGUGUGAUUCCUGAAGCUGAGACACCUCACUCUGACCAUUUGGAACAACCACCUGAUAAAGGAGAAUCAAGUCCUUAUCAAACAUGCCAAUCGAAGCGAAACGGCUUUCAGCAACCUCAGCAAACCAACGGCCGCCUGUAUGGACCGAAGGAUGUGAGCUGUAACCACGCUGAACAAAAAAAGCUGAGAUUUGACCUUUUACAGGAGACAGACUCAAACAGUCAGGAUGAUCCGGGCGAGGCUGAGCCUGGGGCCUGGGAAGCGGCCCCCAGCCUGACUGAGACUGCCCUUCAGAGUGCUAAGGCUUACCUACUGCAGAGCAGCAGCAAGUCGGGCUUAAAUCUGUAUGAUCGUCUUUCUAAUAUGCUGAGCAAGAUCUUAGAUGAGCGUCCCGAAAAUGCUGUGGACAUCAUUGAGAAUAUUAGCCAAGAUGUGAAGAUGGCACAUUUUAGUAAAAAAUUAGGUGCACUCCAAAAUGAGAAUGAGAUGCUUCCAACAUAUGAAAUAGUUGAGAAGCAAAAGCCUCUUUUUCUUCAGGGAAAUUUGGAAGGAGCUGACCAAAAACUGGAAGAUGAAAAAAUAAGUCCCUGCUGUAAAUCUGAAUAGUUCGAUCUUAGGGUUUUAUUUGAGGGCUACAAACCAAGGACUCUUCACCAGUACUGAGCCUGGGGUAGCU